UAUAAUGAAUUAAAUGGUAUAUUUAUGGAUACUCCAAGACAACAAAAUGUCGGUGGUAAAAAUACUUCUGGAACCGAUGGUUAUCAACCUAUUCCAAAUUUUACAUUAUCAAGCAAUAUGUUGCCUACGCCUAGUGGUUCUGACCAUAAUGCUUGCUCAGAAUCAAUGAUUAUGUCUCCCUAUUCUAUGUUACCAAAUUCUGUAGAAGGUACUUUUCGUGAAGAUGAGAAAUCAAGUUCUACUUACAAUCAAAUGCCUAAUAAUCCGCACUAUUCACCAUUAAAUAAGCCAGAAGGUGUGAAUAAUUCUGUGAUACAAUUACCAGGAAAUAAUUCUAGUCCUGAUAACAACAGUAUCGAAAAUAAUAGUAGCACAAAGAACAAUGUAAAUAAACUACCAACUAUAAUGACGGGUUCCCCAUCUAUAGUGCCUAAUGUAAACAUGUCUUUGACUUCAUCGAUAGCCAUGCAAGAACCCAUGCCAAACUUGAAUAUUGGCAGUAAUCUUGUGUCUGAAGUAACGCAGACACAACCUUCAUCUGCACAUCUUUCAAAUGAUUCAUCCUCUUCCUUUAACGGUAAUAUCGUUCCAAUAACACCAUCUUCUCUUAUGAAAUUAAAUAAGCAACAGUCUUCUACGCCGAAUCCUACUAUGAAUUCUAUACAAGAUAAUCAAACAGUUAACACUCAACAAGGGCAAAUACAGAAUCAGCAAACCUUCAAUAAUGAGGCAGAACAACCUACAUUUGUAGCACCAAGAUCAAGGGUCACAACUUCUGGUCCGCAACGCAUGUUGGUAAUAUCACCAAAUGUGUCGCCAAUAUCUCCGAGAAUGAAUCCUGUGACAAUGUCACCAAUGAUUUUACCAUCUUCGUCUGGGAGAAAAAUUGUUCAUACAAAUCAGGCUGUUCGUUCUCCAUCAGCACUUAAUCCUUCAAAAAGUCCUCAAACUCUGAAACUUACAAUAAGCCCAAGCCUGAAACCAAAAUUACCAGGUGUGCUGGCUGACGAAGUGGCAGAAAAAUUAGCAAGUCAAUCAAAUUAUAAAAACAUUUUGGAGGGAACGUCAAA